CCUCGCGACAUGCUUCAGGACACUCGUAAUACGCUUCAAGACGUCGUCCAUGAUGGGCUUCAAGUCCCUCGCGACAUGCUUCAGGAUGCUCACGAUACGCUUCGAGAUGCCCGUGACACGCUCCAAGAUGCGCUCGAAGUCACUCCCGGCAUACUUCAGGAUACUCGUGAUACGCUUCGAGAUGCCAGAGGCGCGCUUCCAGUUCCUCGCGACAUGCUUCAGGACGCUCGCGACACACUUGAAGAUGCCCGUGACACGCUCCAAGAUGCUCGUGAUACACUAGAAGAUGCUCGUGAUAUGCUUGAAGUCCCUCCCAGCAUACUUCAGGAUACGCUUCGAGAUGCUGGAGAUGCGCUUCAAAUCCCUCGCGAUAUGCUUCAGGACGCUCGCAAUGCGCUUCGAGAGGUCCCUCGCGACGUACUUCAGGACACUCGUGAUACGCUUCAUGAUGCCCGUGAUAUGCUCCACGUCCCUCGCAACAUGCUUCAGGAUGCUCGCGAUACGCUUCGAGAGGUCCCUCACGACGUGCUUCAGGACACUCGUGACGUGCUUCACGAUACCCGUGAUAUGCUCCAAGUCCCUCACGACAUGCUUCGGGACGCUCGCGAUACGCUUCGAGAUGUCCGUGAUACGCUCGAAGUCCCCCACGGCAUACUUCAGGAUACUCGUGAUACGCUUCGUGAUGCCGGAGAUACGCUCCAAGUCCCUCGCGACAUGCUUCAGGACACUCGUGAUACGCUUCAAGAUGUCGUCCAUGAUGGGCUUCAAGUCCCUCGCGACAUGCUUCAGGAUGCUCGCGGUACGCUUCGAGAUGCCCGUGACACGCUCCAAGAUGCUCGUGAUACGCUUGAAGUCCCUCCCAGCAUACUUCAGGAUACGCUUCGAGAUGCUGGAGAUGCGCUUCAAAUCCCUCGCGACAUGCUCCAGGACACUCGUGAUACGCUUCAAGACGUCGUCCAUGAUGGGCUCCAAGUCACUCGCGACAUGCUUCAGGACACUCGCGAUACCCUUCAAGAUGUCGUCCGUGAUGUGCUUCAAGUCCCUCGCGACAUACUUCAGGACAUUGGUGAUACGGUUCAAGAUUCCCGUGAUACGCCACAAGAAGUCCCUCGCGAUAAUUAGGACGUUGGUGAUACGUUUUCAAGAUUCCCGCGAUAUGCUUCAAGUCCCUUACGGUAUGCUUUAGGAUUUUUGUGACAUGCUUAUGGACCUACUUCAGGUUCCUGUUAAAGUGGCACAACCGAGGUCUAAGCAGCGCGAUAUCGACGUUCAGUGAGAUAUCGUGCUCUUAGUAAAAUUCUUGUUAUCUAUAUAUAUAUAUCUGGGUGGGGUGCUGUACAUAAUGAUCACAACGUG